AUGGGCGUGACUAUGAAACCGCUGGUGCGGCUGUUGAAGAUUAAGCUGGAGGGUCAAAAGAGUGUGAGUAUCCUGGAGACACUGAACCAGUCCAUCUUUGAUCACACUCUAGCCUGCAUAGAGUCCAUCUCAGGGAACACAGGUCGAAACCACCUGCGUCGCAUCUUCCUGGAUCUGGAUGAGAAGUACAUUCGUCAGGUGCUGCAGCGAGACCCCGAAAACAGCGCAACUAAGCUGGUUCGAGUGUACGAGAAGGUGGCCCUGAAGCUGCACUACGCGAGCAUUCAACGCGCAAAGUCUUCCGCCCACCUGGAUAAGCUGCCGGAACUGGUGAAGGAGCAGUUCUAUCGGCAGAUGAAUACAGCCUCCAGCUAUUCUCUGACUGGACUAGACGCAUCCGAUGGAGCCUCCGACGAAGGGGCUGCAGGAAAGGCAACAACAGCAGCAGCAGCAACAGACAAGGCAGGCAGGAAUGGGGUUUUAAGGUCCAUUUUGCGUACAAAGCCACCACAGCAGCAGCCGGAGACUGAUUCUAAUGCAGGCAUUGAUAUCCUCUCGGAGGUGCAGCAUGCCAAGAGGGUCUGCUUUAAACCGGGCACCAGGCGACAGUCGGAGUUCCCCGAGGACUUCCUUAAGGCUAUCCACUCAAAGGCUUCCCUCAUCCGCAGACGAGCAACGAUACGUGCUGAACUGCCGCUUACCAGAGAGGAAGAACCACAGCCAAAAUUAAGUGUUCUGGAGGAGGAGAAAAAGGGAGACAAUGGAGGCAACGAUAGCCCGCCGUCUACGAGGCUCUCCUAUAGGCUGGGCUCCACGGAUAGUUCAAGUCUCAGCGACGCCCCAGAAGAAGAACCAGCGGGUCAGAGGAGAAACACCACAGGUGGAAUAUAA